AUGGUCGAUGUUGUACAACAACAAUCCACGAACAACGCUCAACUUAACGAAGAUCAUUCGCAAUUAGACAAUGAUAAUAAGACGAAUAACAACAACAAUAGCAGCAACUCACCAUCAAUAUUAAUGGAUCAAAUACAGGAACAACUAACCCUAAUACGUCAAGAUGAUGAGGAGUUGACAGAAAAACUAAUGUCUAUUUACAAUGGUUUAUGUCAACUUCGACAAUCUAUGACAACUUCUCAACGUAACUCAAAUAUGGAUAUUGCCGCUAUGUCAGCUGGAGUAGAUUCACCAUCGUUAAGUCCUUAUCAGACAAAACAACGAUCAGAUAGCGAACCAAACAUUCUAUCAGAUCGUCAACGAAUAAUAACAGUGAUAGAAGAAUUACAGUAG